AUGACAAGUCUCUGUGGGUCCUUCCUGCUCCUGCUUACCCUUUUGGUGACCUUCAUGGCCAGCACAGACCCAGAGAAGAAUAAGGUCAAGGUUCUAAGGGAAUUAAAAGUUAUUGAUGCCUCGAAUUUCAACGUGAAACAGUGUCUGUGGAUUGCCAUGCAAGAGUACAACAAAGAGAGUGAAGAUAAGUAUAUCUUGCAGGUGGUCAAGAUAGUGCGAGUCCAGCUGCAGGUCACAGAUCAUUUGGAAUACUUCAUUGAUGUUGAACUUGCCCGCAGCAAUUGCAGAAAGCUUUCAAACAAUAAUGAAAAUUGUGUCAUUCAAGAAAAUUCCAAACUGGAAAAAAAAGUAACGUGCAACUUUUUAGUUGGAGCGCUCCCCUGGAAUGGUGAUUUCACCGUGAUGAAGAUGCAGUGUGGAGAUACCUAG